CGCGCGCAAGAUUCGCGUGACGAGUUAGGUGAACCGAAGUGGUCUCUUCGAGUGCCAACAGAAAGAGUUCAAGAAUAUUACAUGGACAGAUAAAUGAAGUGUACACUAUGGAUAACACUAGAGCGAUAUUGGGAACUGCCUUGUGGUGUUGAAUUUAUCGGGCAUCAUGUUGGACAAGCCUGUGGGAAGGACGAUACCAAACUUGAGAAGAUCACCGAACAAAGGCGGCCUGGCGAUGUAUGAAUAAUUUACGCUAUGUUUGCGACGAAUCCUUGAUCUACGUAGCUGAGAUCGUGAUUGAAGAUUAAUGUGUAUGGAUUUCUCAAGAAGGAAUUUUUAUUGAUAUACCUUUUGCUUUGGUGAUGGCAUCUGGAUUUAAAUGUGAACUGAUCUCAGUUGUAUUGAUUUAUUCUGCUACAUAUGAUGAAUGUAAACAAAUGUGACGCCACACUGAAGAGCUACCUGACAAUUUCACACAAGAAGCUGCGACGAUAAAUCGGUUUUCUUCCUCUGUACAUCUUUUGCCAAAAAGUAAAGCUUCUUCGCGAAAGUAAACUAGUGCUCAUUGUAUUAAACGGAUACCACUGCAAAUUAUCUGGGCAUGUAUAUCAGGAAUCUGCGGUGUAUUUAAGUCAUAUCGGAGUGAUAGUUAUUAUCUUCGAUCGAUGUACUGUAUCUAGCGAUUGCGAUUUGCGACAAUUUAACCUCAAGGAGUCUACCAAUUUCACUGCAAUAAAUACCAAGAUUCGUGCAGAUCACUGCAUUACUUUGAUAUUUGAUCCACCGAAACGAAACGGAACCUGUCGACACGAUCGAUUAUUCGACGUUAUGGAUUUAAGUUAGACACUUGUGUAAAGUAUUGUAAGAGUAAAUAAUGCAAUCAUUCUAACACCAUGCAGAAAAUUUGGAAAUUAUCAUCAUUUCUACUACUGUAAAAUCAAGGUGGAAAAAUAUUUAAAAUGCGUCCAAAGGUUGAUAAGCCUUCCGUUUCGCGUGCAAUCAAUGAGAAAAGAACACAGUCAAUUUUUGGCGCGCUGACUAAUGGCACGUGACACAAAAGAGUGACGUGGCUUGUAAGCUCUUUGCUGGGGGUCGUUCGAGAAUUCAAAAGGGCGGCUAUCGCUCUUCGGCGAGCCGGACAGGAUUGUAAAGAAGGAAAGAAUCUUUGGAGAAUCUUUCGCCGUGCAUGGAAACGCAAGGCCAUCCGACAAUUCAAACCUUGCAAAACCCUCUAACGAACCUUAUCGAACGGUAUGGUCCGGUUAUUAUUGGGUUAUUUGGCAUAUGAAUCGUGAUAUUCGUUCGUGUAUUGUUGUGCGUGGCACCGCCAAAAAUGGCGUUGACAUUGUAAGAUGGCGUUGAAGUGACGCGGACUAUUUUCUCUCUCAAGAACAGUCUUUUACCUACCUUAAACUAGCAUAACCUGUGUCUAAGGCCCAGCUCAACUUUACAGUCUGGUCUCACUAACGAACAACACUCUGGCGAUUCAUUGAAUGGAUUGCGACCAGAGUCGAGUCCUGACGGGCUCGGGAAGCGAAUAAGGCGUUUAUCUCACAAGUACGACGAUUUUGAACAACAAACAGCGAAAGGUAUGGCUCAGACGCCUUCUACCGGGCAAGAUCCUAAAGGUUAUCGAACGACCAACCAAUUGCAGUAUGUGUCGAAAACCAUCAUGAAAGCGAUGUGGAGACAUCCAUAUUCCUGGCCGUUUCACGAUCCAGUGGACGCUGUUAAAUUAAAUUUGCCGGAUUAUUACACGAUUAUCAAACACCCGAUGGAUAUGGGUCAGAUAAAGAAAAAGCUUGAAAACCACGAAUAUUCCUGCAGUCAAGAUUGCAUCGAUGACUUUCGCCUCAUGUUUAACAACUGUAUCACGUAUAACAAACCAGGAGAGGAUGUAGUUCUCAUGUGCCAGACAAUGGAGAAAGUUUUUAACCAGAAAGUUGCAACCAUGCCUGCAGAGGAAUUUGAGGUACUCCUAGGACCCAACAAGAAGGCUUUGCCCAGUGGACCAGUGGCAAAGAGAGCUAAGAAAGGUGGUGUUCCACAAGUCAAAAUGGAGCACAGUCCAGUAACUCCAGAUAGCACCCCUAUGACAAGCUUGCCAUAUCCCACCCCACCUGUAGCUGUAACAGCAACAACUGCACUUCCAACUCCAGUUGAUGCCACCACUGUCUUGCCCUCCCCUUCCAUCUCUGCCGCUCCAGCUCUCCCAACCACUGUUCAGCCUGCCAAGGUCAAAAAAGGAGUUAAAAGAAAAGCUGAUACCACAACUCCCACCACACCAAUCAGUGGAAUGGGAGAUCCCUUACCACCUGUGAAAGCCAAAGCUGCUAAAAUACCAACUAGGAGAGAAUCCACCAGAACGGUGAAAAAACCAAAUCGAGAUUUACCUGAAGAGCCACAGGUGUCGCGAGGUAAAAAGAAACCAUUAUCAGAGCAGCUCAAAUACUGCAGUACUAUUAUCAAGGAAUUGUUCUCUAAAAAACAUGCAGCAUAUGCUUGGCCAUUUUUCAAGCCUGUUGAUGCAAGUAGUCUUGGAUUGCAUGACUAUCAUGACAUCAUCAAGCAACCUAUGGAUUUGGGUACAAUCAAGGUAAAAAUGGAAGGAAGAGAGUACAAUUCUUCCUCUGAAUUUGCAGCUGAUGUGCGCCUUAUGUUCAGUAAUUGCUACAGAUACAAUCCCCCUGAUCACGAUGUGGUUAAAAUGGCUAGACAAUUACAGGAUGUGUUUGAAAUGAAGUUUGCCAAAAUGCCUGAGGAACCAGAGCUUCCUCCUCCGCCAGUUACAGAGCCCACAGAUCCUGAACCAGAGUCUGCUGCAACACCACCAUCAUCAUCACCUCCCUCGGAAGACAAUGAAGCAGACAGAGCUGAGCAGCUCUCACAGCUUCAACAGCAGCUUAUAUCAGUGCAUGAGCAACUAAGCAAACUUACUGGAGAGUCUGUUCUAAUGACAAACAAGACAAAGAAGAAACCAGAGAAAAAACCUAGUAAAAAAGAAACCAAACCACUGGCUGCACCACAGCCAAAACCCAAACAAAAGUCUUCUGCCAAGGCUGCUAAUGCUACACCAGCCCAACCAAAACCAGAAAAACCAGCUAAGAAGCAGUCGGCUUCUAAAAGAUCUGCCAACAGCAAGAUUGCUGCAAAGAAAAAAACAUUAGAGAUAGAUACAGAUGAUGAAGAAGAUACUGCCAGACCCAUGACCUAUGAUGAAAAACGGCAGCUUAGCCUAGAUAUCAACAAGCUUCCAGGAGAUAAGCUUGGAAGAGUUGUGAACAUCAUCCAGUCCAGGGAACCUGGUUUACGGGAUUCAAACCCAGAUGAAAUUGAAAUAGACUUUGAAACCCUCAAGCCUUCAACAUUGAGAGAAUUGGAAAAAUAUGUGCAGCAGUGCCUAAGAAAAAAAGUUAAACCUCCAACAAAGAAAGCUAAAAAUGCUGAAGAGAGAGAAAUGGAGCAAGCUAAAAAGAAAGAAGAGCUUGAAAGACGACUUCAGGACGUGAGUGGCAAGCUAGGAGGUGCAGGGCAAAAGAAACAGACAAAGAAAGAAUCACAACGGGCAGAUAACUCUGUAGUAGAUGUUGUGGGCAGCGAACCUCGGCAAAAAAGGUUGAGUGAAAGCAGCAGUAGUAGCGGAAGUGGGACAAGCAGUAGUUCUGAUUCAAGUUCAAGCUCUGGGUCGUCUAGCUCGGCAAGCAGCUCUGACUCAGAAUCAGAGUCUGUUGGUAAAGCCCACAAGGCUUCUCACAGUACUGGAAAGAACAAGUCUACUGGUCACACAUCCAAGGCGACACCAACGCCGUCCAAACCAGUAACAAGUCAUGAGACUCAGCCUGUUGCACCAGUUUUCAAGUCAACUCCAGCACCAAAGCCUCAAGAUAAACCUGCAGUUGCCACUGCUGUGACCACAACUCCCCUGCCUACAUCAGUAACAAGCAACCCCCUGCCAGCAACUGUAGCACCACCUAAACCUGUUAGACCAGUCCCUCCCAGUAUUCCACCAGUUACACCAAAGUCAACACCAAAACCAGUUGUAUCUACAGUUCAGAAGCCUACUUCAACAAGUACCACAGCUCCAAAACAGGCUGUCUCUUCAUUUGCAAGGACUGCGGCCAUGACGAAGCCAUCUGCACCAGUGGCACCUGUCAAUGCUACAGCCACAGCACUCCUCAAAGAAAAAACACCAACCCCCAUGGCAGAAAAAAGUUUGCCAUCAACUCCCCGAUCAGGGAGUAGUGGACUCACAUUUAAUGUUGGAGAGUUACCAGGUUCACUUGCUUCAAUAGGACAAAAGAAUGAAAAUCAGUCAUCAAAGAAGGAUUCAGCACCCAAACAAGUCCGCCAGGUACCUUCUUGGUCCAGUUUGAGUAACGCAACUCCAUCUGCAUCUCGAACAAUGUCAUCUGCAAGUAGCUUUGAAAAAUUUAGACAACAAGCUAGAGACAAAGAGGAAAGGGAAAAAAACCUUAAAGCAGAAGAGGAACAGAGACGCCAACAAAAAGAAAGAGCAGAGCUUGAAAAGUUGCGACAAGCUGAGGAAAGAAAAAGGGAAAAGGAAGAAGAUGAAGCUUUAGAAAAAGCAAGGCUAAAUAAGGAGCAAGAACAAGCUAAAAAUGCCCAAAAGAUGAAGAUAGAACGCAUGAGAGAGGCUGAACGGCGAAGAAGGGAAGCUUUGGCUGGAACAAUUGACAUGAAUCAACAAAGCGACAUUAUGGCCGAAUUCGAGGGAAGCCUGGGCUAGCGCUAGCUGUAUACAAUACAAACUAAAAUUGCCUAUAGUGACUGUCAUCUGGCAACUAUGAAAAACUAUCAAGGCUAUAUCCUUUACUGGCUAAGGGAAGCACCAGACAAGCUGCACAGAAAUGUGUUUAGUGCCUUCAUCUGAGGUACGAUGAAUCCUGUGGAUGUCAUUGGUUUAGGUCAUGAACAAUAGUAGCACUAUAGAGGAGAGUAAUGAACUUGAAAAGGUGGAACAAUUGAACAAUUUUUAUCUUAUUUAUAGCUUUUAUAUGUUGCUUAAGGCAAUGAUCAUAACAAAGAACUUUUCUAACACCAAUUUGAAUAAUUAUUAGUUCUGCCAAAUGAUUGAUACAAUAGUAUCAUACAAUUGUGGUUUACGUAAGGAAGCGAACCCCUUUCUCCACGUUUUUGACUACAUUAAGAUUGGAAAGACUCACUAGUACUAUCAUUAGUACAAGAAGGAUGUGUGUGUCUAGACAACACAGGGAUGAUUUGGCUUUUAUAAUUAGAUGCCUUUUUUUUGGAAGAGAUAAGGUGACUAAUUUAAAAUGGUGACUAAUUUAAAAUAUCUGGAUAAUGUUUUAUUAAGGCUAUUUCUAGUUGAUGCAGUUUGAUGUUACAUGAGAGAAGAAAACUACAGGGCUUGAAUGUUAAAUUUUUGUUGGUCAUAGAAAAAAAAAUUGAGUUACCCUAGUGUAGAGAAUUUUUCAGUUUUGGUUGCGAUCAAGGUUUGAUUAGGUUUUAUCUGGAAAGUUUAGCAAGUUCUUGUUGGGCAAAGUUUACUUCUACUUCUUGUUUUCCAAUUAUAUUGGACACCAUUUCAAUUUUUUUCUUUUAAUCGACAACCUCUCCAGGUGUACUGAUACUUUCCAUCUAUGAAUCAGCAGUGUGAAAUUCCGGAAGAGUAACAUAAUUGCAGAAAAUCUCUUUAUAAUUGGAAAAAAAUUGUCUUCUUCAAUAGACACCAUUUUUUAGUGAAGUUGCAGGUUGAAACACCAGUGAAAACAAAAAAAUAAAAAAGUAAAAAAUCAGGAAAUUCACAAUGAAAACAAACGUAAAAAAAAAAGACAAAAUACAACACAAAGAUAAAAAAAUGUGAAAAUUAUUAUCAUUCUUUGAAAUAAGCUUCUACUUGAAUUGCAGAAAUGUGAUGUGAUGGCUGUAGUUGUGCUUGUACACUUAUGCUUCACUAAUGAGUAAAAGAAAACAACUGAAACCUCCAAAAAAAUUUAAUAAAGAGAAAAAACAACAAGA